GUGCGGAACCAUAAUAUGUUUAGACAAGUGCGGUGCUUCGAGAAACGGACAAAAAUUAUUUAUUCCCAAGUGUGCAAUAUUUUUGAGAAGAAAAUGGGCAACUCUGGAUCUAUUUGCGCAGAUCGCAAAUCCCAACAAUGCUUCGAAUCAGUGGAUAAUAAAGAAAAACUCUCGCCGAGCAGCAGCUACUCGCGUGCGCCCUACGGACAAUAUCACAACAACCUCGAGUCGACGCUCAAGCCCAGCAACGGGAAUAUUUACAAAACCACCAUACCGGUCAACAGUGACGUAUGCCCGUGUGUUCUGCAGCACCAGCAACAACAACAAAUCGUCUUUACAACCCCGCCGCUAGUGGAGGAAGUGAGCCCGCGCAACCCCCCCUCCGCGGCGAUCAGCUGUGCUUGCACACUACAUGCUGAGCAGAUGAAAACUGACGCAACAAUGGCGCUGGCCAAGACAGUCAAUAAAGCGCUGUCGGACGGAGUACACCCGGAUUGUUCGGUGGCAACUUGUGUGAGUCAAUCUUGUAACGAUACGUGCAACACAGCCAGGAAUCCUGCAAUGGAGGUAGGGAAUCGCGACCGUUUGGGAUUGUGGAGUCUGGAUGGUGACAACGAGGUCCCUGGACGACUUUCUGGAAUAGACCGAUUGCGUCAGAAGCGAUUUAACAAGGGUCUCGCUUUUACCAAGGAGGAACGACAACGUUUGGGUAUUCACGGUCUGCUUCCAGCUGUUGUGAAAACUGAUGCCGAGCAAGUUGAUCACUGUUUGUUGUUGCUUAGGCGAUUAGAACGUGAUUUAGACAAGUACAUGUAUUUGAAUGGAUUAGCCGAACGGAAUGAACGCCUCUUCUAUAAAGUCUUGGCGGCUGACAUCGUGAAUUUGAUGCCAAUUGUUUAUACUCCGACCGUGGGAUUGGCAUGUCAAAACUACAGUUUAAUUUUUGAGCAUCCAAAAGGACUUUACAUCACCAUCAAGGAUAAAGGACAUGUCUACGAUGUACUUAAGAAUUGGCCUGAAACGGACAUUCGCGCUAUUGUGGUAACCGAUGGGGAGCGUAUUUUAGGGUUGGGCGAUUUAGGUGCAAAUGGCAUGGGCAUUCCAGUUGGAAAGAUGGCCCUGUAUUCCGCCCUUGCCGGAAUCAAACCUUAUCAAUGUCUGCCCAUUACUUUGGACGUCGGAACCAAUACAGAGUCUAUUUUGAAUGACCCAUUAUACAUUGGGUUGAGGCAAAAACGAGUUCGUGGUCAAGAAUAUGACGAAUUCAUUGAUGAAUUCAUGAAAGCAGCUGUGCGUCGCUUCGGCCGAAAUUGUUUAAUACAAUUUGAAGAUUUUGGAAACGCCAAUGCUUUCCGUCUUUUAGACAAAUAUAGAAAUGAUUACUGCACGUUUAAUGACGAUAUUCAGGGAACGGCAUCGGUGGCGUUGGCAGGAAUUUUGGCAUCACUUCGAAUUACGAAAACUAAGCUCAAGGAUAACAAAAUUUUGUUCCAAGGAGCAGGAUCAGCAGCUCUGGGCAUUGCCAACCUUUGUGUAAUGGCUAUGGAGCAGGAAGGACUGAGCCGAGAAGAAGCCAAAAAGAAUAUUUGGUUGGUGGACAGUAAAGGUCUUAUUGUUAAAAACCGUCCAGCCGGUGGUUUGAACGAUCAGAAACUACCAUUUGCACAUGAACAUGCCCCUGUAAAUACCCUUGAAGAAGCUGUGAACACUAUUAAGCCUUCAAUUUUGGUUGGAGCCGCAGCUGUAGCUGGCGUGUUUACAAAAGACAUUCUGAAGAAAAUGGCAGAGAUAAAUGAACGACCUGUAAUUUUCGCUCUAUCGAAUCCAACAAGCAAAGCAGAAUGUACCGCCCAAGAAGCUUACACACAUACGAACGGAAAGGCAGUAUUUGCUUCGGGUUCACCGUUCGAUCCAGUAACAAUAAAUGGGAAAACAUUACACCCAGGUCAAGGCAAUAACUCAUAUAUUUUCCCUGGAGUUGCACUCGGAGUAUUGGCAGCUGGUAUGCUAACCAUUCCGGAGGAAGUGUUCCUAUUCUCAGCGGAGCGCCUCGCAAAACUCUGCUCCGAAGAAGACUUGGAGAAAGGCAGCUUGUACCCACCAUUGACAACUAUUCGAAACUGUUCCAUUGAGAUUGCCAUUGCCAUUGUUGAAUAUGCAUGGAAAAAUAAUUUGGCAACCGUUCAUCCGAAACCAGAUGAUCUUGAAGCAUUUGUUAAAUCACAGGUGUAUAACCUGAACUAUCCUUCAGCGUCUCUACCUACUUGGUAGUAACAAGAAUCUUUCGUUGAUAUUUUUACAAUUUUUUAAAUGAUAUUUUUGUAUAAUUUUUUUUUAUUUUUCUUGUUGUUUGGCUGGGUGUAGUUAUUUUAUGUUAUAGGAUGAGUUGUUAAAUGAACAUUGAGCCUCUGAAACCCGAGCUAGCUUUAACUUCAUAUAUAUAAUUUGUUCAAAUAUGUUAUUACAUCGGUAAAUUAUUUAAGUGUUCCAAUUUGUUGAAGCCUCAUAGCGAAAGAAACUCACAUGUUAAGCUAGAAUGGUUAUGUAAUAUCGUUGCUAACUGGGAAAUUCAUUAAUUAAAUAUGCUGAAACUGACUAAUAUCGGAAUUCCACAAUUUAUAAUCCUAUAAUGUAUUGUUGUGUCCACAUAUUAUCCGAUUCGGAUUUACAGGUGCUUAAGUAACAGUUUGUAAAAAUAUUUUUAAAACAUUAAUUUUUUAUUUGAUUUUGGAGCCUUUUGAUAAAUAUUUAGACUUCAGGAGAAUGAUUAAACAUGUCAAUGAAAAAUA